AUGCCGCGCCGCCCGAUGGACGACACGGACGACCCCUCGGGUCUGUCCCAGUACGCCAUCUGGGAGACCAAGUCGCGAUACUACAUCACCGCGAGUGCUGGGAGCACGCACCGCGUGCUCAAGAUCGACCGCGCCGACGCCGACCUUAACGUAGUCGAGGACGCGACCGAGUACGAUACCCAGCAGCUCGACUUGCUCCUCCGCAUGGUUGACGAAGGGAACAAGAGCCAAGGCGGGUUGACCAAGGGCCACGACUUCUUCGGUAUCGUGGGCUUUGUCCAAUUCACCACGGCUUGGUACCUGUGUAUUGUGACUCAGCGGAGCGUCGUUGGCCUGCUGGGGGGACAUUACAUUUAUCACUGCGACAAAACCAAGCUCAUCCCAAUCUCACCCAAGGCUUCUGCCCUCUCAUACGACUCGAGGUACAUCAGCACGUUUGACCAGGUCGACCUGUCCAAGAACUUCUACUUUUCCUAUUCCUACGACAUCACGAAUGUGCUGCAACUCAACCUCACCGUACCAGACGGAAAGCGCCGCCUCAACACCCGCUUCAUGUGGAAUCACCACCUGCUCAAGCCCGUGUUCGACCUCGAGGACCCCGAGAAUCGCAGCCCAUGGGUCCUGCCUCUCAUCCAUGGCUCGUUCGACCAGACGAAAAUCAACGUCUUCUCACGUACCGUCUAUCUCACACUCAUCGCACGAAGGUCACGGUUCCACGCCGGUGUCCGUUUCUUGACUCGUGGCGCGGACGAGAAUGCAAGUUGCAGGAUCGUAAAGCUAGCUGACAACCAGGGCGACGUAGCAAAUGAAGUGGAGACGGAGCAGAUCGUGUCCGAACCUCUCGCCACGCCAUUUGGUUACCCAGUCAACUGCGAAGACGGACCCGACUACGGCGGGUACACCAGCUUCGUCCAGCUGCGCGGCAGUAUCCCGGUCAUGUGGCACCAGGUGUCUGAGAAAAUGGUCCCAAAGCCGCCCAUCGAGAUUACCAUCAAGGACCCAUACUACUCGCCCGCGGCGCGGCACUUUGACAACCUUCUCGGGCGUUACGGCGCGCCAAUCUUCAUCCUGAACCUCGUCAAGAGCAAGGAGACGGUCCCGCGCGAGUCCAAGCUCCUCGUCGAGUAUGGCGAGUGUGUCGAGUACCUCAACCAGUUCCUGCCCGAAGGCAAGAAAAUACGUUACAUCGCCUGGGAUAUGGCUAUGGCUGCGAAAAGCCGACACCAAGACGUGAUGGGGAUUUUGGAAGACGUAUGUGAGGAGAGCAUCCAGCUCACCCACUUCUUCCACGGAGGUGCGGCAAGGCACGAGGUCACAAACGACGAACAUCGUGAGAUGCCGCUACUCCAGUGUGGUGUGCUCCGCGUGAACUGCGUUGACUGCCUCGACCGCACCAACGCCGCCCAGUUCGCUAUCGCGAAACGCGCGCUGGGCCAUCAGCUCUACGCGCUGGGCCUCCUGAGUAGCCCCAACCUUCCCUUCGCCUGCGAUGCCGUGGAGGUGUUGACAGAGAUGUACCACGAUCACGGAGAUUUCCUUGCUUACCAAUAUACAGGAAGUGCAGUGGUGAACCGCGACACCUACCGCCCAACAAAGACAACCCAAUGGACAAGCCACUCGCGAGAUCUUGCUCAGAACAUCAAGCGAUAUUUCAACAACUCCAUCCUUGACGCCGACAAGCAAGCCGCAAUGAACCUCUUCCUUGGUGUCGAAUCUGCAGCGGCCAGCAAAGCACGCACUCCCCGACCAAACUAUCGCCACUGGUAUACUGAGAAGCACCUCGAGCCCCCGAGUCUGGGCUCACUUGGAGACGAGUUGGCGGUCCCUCGAUCCAUGUUCAAAGAGUACUACAAGCCGUCCGUCCUCACGCAACUGGACAAGAUUUACGCAUUGUACCCCUCCACGCCGACAGUGCUAACCCUCAGUGAAAUGACCUCGACGUUAAAGUUCACAAGCCAUCGCAACAAGAACGGCAUGCAGAGCCCUUUCGAGACGAUCGGCGGAGUUGACUCGUCCUCUCCAACCUCCAGAACACCGCAACCACGUCGCACAGCCCGCCGCUGGGCCACUGCCAAAUCGCCACAGAGAGACGAGGACCACGACGGCGAGCAGCAGUCGACGGAAAGUCUUCUCCCACCCCACGCCCUCGAGACGUUAGUUGCGUCCCUACUCGACCCACCAGACAUGGACCAGCGCGUGCGUGAGUACGACUGGUACAUGCACUAUCACACGGACGACCUACUGUCGGCAGCGUCGACUGCCGAACCGCAGGACCUGCAGCGGUAUGUGCGCGCUGCGCAGCUUACGUCGGGGAUGGAGAUCGACGAGCCGACGCCCGACACACCACCAACAAUGAGCGUGAUUGCUGCUGCGACGGACGGCACAGCCGAGGAACUGUACGAGCCGUCCAAGCAGACUCUCCAGUUCUACGACACCUGGCUGCAGGGAUCGGCAUCAACAGAAUAA